CUCCGCCGACGGGGGCGGCGGCAGCAAGGGAGGUGCAGGGGGUGGCGGCGGUGGUAGCGGCAUGAGCGAUGGCGGCGGCGGUGCCAAGAAGAAGCCGCGGAGGCGGCCUGCAUUGGAGGCUUACGAGGAUGACUUCAUAGAUGAUGACGAGGAGAUUGAGUAUCAGCGGGCGCGCCGCGUGAAGGCCAAGUUCAAGGGGUUCUGGGUGAACCAGGGUCGCAUCGAGGUGGAGGAGGGCGCCGAGGAGCAGGAGGAGGAGGGGCGCCAGGCGGCACGGCGGGCUCCCCGGCCCCGGGCGCCCAAGACAGCGCAGCAGCAGCAGCAGCCAGGUAGUGGCCCGGCCACCGCACCCGGAGGAGCUGCUGGGGAGGGAGCCGCGGCGGGGGGACCCGUGGGUCACUCGGGUGCCGGGGCAGCGGCGGGCGGCGGGCCUGCAACGGCAGCAGCAGCAGGGGGAGGGGGAGGGGGAGGAGCGGGAGCGGGGGCGGCUUCCACGCCGGGGCGGGCGCCGAAGCGGCGGGUGGUUGAGGCGGAUGGGCAGCAGCAGCAGCAGCCGGGGAAGC